AUUUUCAAAACAGGGAAGUUAAACUUUCAGCGCAUGAUACCAUCCUGGAGUGUGUGUGGGGGCAGAAAUUCAUCUUAUCCUCACUUCAGGACAUUGUUAUACAAUAGCCUACACACAUGCGUGGUCUUUGUUAUUUUUUCCUCUCGAUCCUGACCCAAGUGUCUUCCAGCAACCUCGAAGUCAUCGGCCUCUUUGGGGGCAAUGUGACUUUGCCCUGUGGGUAUGACACUCAAACUCACGGUGUCCUGAGUCUCUGUUGGGGACGAGGGAAGGUGCCCAGGUCCAAAUGCUCCAACACCGUCCUCUCCUCCGAGGAUGGGGCUGUGGUUUUCAGGCAGUCCCCCAGGUACCAGCUGCUGGGCAAGGUGACGGACGGAGAUGUGUCCCUGACCAUCCUGAACACUCAGCAGGCUGAUGCUGGGGUGUACGGCUGCAGGGUGGAAAUCCCAGGGUGGUUCAAUGACCAUAAAGUCAACAUACACCUGAUCCUGGAGGAAGCUCCAGCAGAGCGACCUGUCACCGACCACUGGACACUUACUACUGGUGGGACACAAGAAACAACAUCCACAGCUAAAAAUGCAGAAGUUGGUGACCCAACAUUUGACUUCACUGGAAUUACAACCACUGAGGAAAAAUUCAAAGCCCUCCUGGGAGCGGGGAACGUUGGCAGGAUGGCAGCUAUUUUCUUCUUCACCAUAAUCAUAAUCCUCGUCUUUAUUUUCCGGAGAGCAUUUCUGCCGAGGAGGACGCUUCGACAGCUCUACACCUCAGCUGCUGAGAACAUUUAUGAAAGUGCCCCAAUGCCUGAGUGAUGGUCAACAUGAUGAGAACAAAGUCUGCAGAUUUCUAUGAGGAGCUGCUGGCUGAAUGUGUCUGCUUGCUCAUGUGCUGACUCUAUCCAUCGUUUCAACCCCUAUCAGGAAAUGAGUGGAACCAGUAAAGCAGUUUAAAGUGUCCCUCUAUUGUCAGAUUGCACUGAAAAACAUACGUGUGAUUCAUAUGUGGCUGAGAAAAAGCAGAUUCAUUAAUUUGCUUUGAUUUUCUAUCUGUUUUUCAUGGCAAAUUUGAUCUCUGAGCACUCAGAAGCUUGUGGGUAGCUUAUACUUGUGGACACAAUGCCACCUACUGGACUUAAUACUCUAAAUAAACCAGAGAAGAUUCCAGGCUGACCUCUGAGUGCAAACACCGUUUGAGGGGUUAGAGAGGGAGGAGAGUGUGAUUCCUCCUCUUCAUGUUUGGGAGAAAGUCACUUCUGAAGUGUGUGUGUCUGCUCACUAAAACAUUCAAUAAAAAGACUAAAUACACACCACACACUGUGCUCAAUCCUGACUUUAGCUCCACACAAAUGACAUUUUGACCACAUUUAUGAUUCAGUUGAUUGAUGGCUCAGUUUCACAGUGAAACACUGCUGCACUGUGCUGUCCCUCUCAGAUUCUCUCUUUCUGUUUCACCCCCUCCUGUUGGGAGGCCUUUAUGGUGCGAGGAGCUGAUCUUGUUUUUGUUUCAGGUGGCAUUUUCUAUAAACUCAUGUUGCAAAGUCAGCAGAAUAAAAGAAAUCAGAGGGAAGGACACAAUUUCUGAGCAAGUGAGAUAAAUGUUCUGAAUGAGGAUGUGAUCUUAAUGUUUGCAGCUACUUUAUGUUUCGAGACUGUGAGAAAAUCAGCUGAAAUGUGUCAGCUUUGCAUGUUUUUCACAAUGGCUGCUCUGUGCAACUCUCUCAUUUACAGGUGUCUAUUUUUUGUGACUAUCUCA